AUGGCAUCAUUGUGUGAGGAUGAAGUGUUUCACAUAUUCUCAUGGCUUCCCGCAAAAUCAGUUUGCAAAUUGAAGUCUAUUUGCACCUCCUUCUUAGACUUUUCUGGAGAAACUUUAUUUUGCAUGCAGCAGGCACAAAAUAUGUUGCUAAAGGAUGAUACUUGCUUCAUUGUUCAGCCAGACACAAUCCAGAGGUACAAUGACAGAAUUGAAAUCCACCCAUUACCUCAACAGGAGUUAUCUUCUGGAGUGCCUAAGAAUUUUCUCACAUUCUUAGGAAAAUCAGCAAGAAUCCUUGCAUCAAGUAAUGGGUUAGUUCUGUGUAGAAGCACAACAAAGAGCCCGGUUGAGUUGUUUAUUUGUAAUCCUGUAUCACAAACAUGGCUUCCCAUUCCUACCCCAACAUGUGUGCAUGAAACUCCUGAUGCUGAUAUCAAUUUAUUUUUUGAGUGCAUUAAUAAAGAUCUUGAUUUUGAUGACUAUAGGAUAUUCUUGAUUGACAAACCCCCUGAAUGGUCAUCAUUUCUUGAUUUAAAAGUGUAUUUUCCAAAGGAAGGUGUAUGGCAAGCAAUGGAGAGGAGUUUUUUCAUUGGUAGUAGAAGCAUGAGACUUGAGAUGCCUGUGUAUCUUCAUAGCUCUCUCCACUUUAUAUCAAAUAGUUUUGAUUAUAUUGACAGGAGAAGUCCUUAUUUUAGGCCAUAUAUAAUGGCAUACAAUUUUGAGAGUUGUCAAUCAAGAAUGUAUAGGCUCCCCAAUGAUGCAAGAAAAGGUUCUAAUCAUGAAAGUUGCGACAUGGGUAUUUUUGAAUGGGGGAAGGUGAGAAGUUUGGAUCAUUCUAUUUGUUUGGUGAGAUACAUGAAAUUUGUGUUUACCAUAUGGGUUUUGGUGGACUACGAGUCAAAUUUAUGGAGAAAGAUUUUGAAAAUAAGGUUGAAAGCUAUGGGGUUGAAGGAGGAAGAUCCAAGGGUUCAAGGGUUUACAAUCAUGAAUGGUGAUUCUUUGAUAUUUGCCACCAAGAAAAAUGUUUAUGGAUUUGAUUUGAGUGGUAAAAAUUCUUGGAGAUUGAGAGAGAUAUGCGAGCAUGAAUGGGAAACCAGAGUUUGUUUCACUUCUUACUCUAACACUCUUCGACCAUGUGGAACUGGUGCUUCAACUUUUCCUGAUUAUGUUAUGGCUAGCGCUUAUCUCAGUGAAGAUAACACUACUUCGGCAUUAUGCACUUCUGCUUAUCCCAGUAAUGCUAUGUAA